GGGGGAUAUAUAGCCAGCCCCAUAAGGCAAGUUGCAUUAAUUGAUUCGCGUCCUGUUCUGCCUGCGGAAGAUAACCGUCGCUUGUUGGGUCCAAUUUAUAGGACUGUCUUCACAUUGAGUCAUGGCAUCUGCUGGUUUCCAGAUCAUGGGCAUGGCCCUGUCAGUGUUGGGCUGGAUUGGGGCAAUCGCUACUUGUGCCCUGCCCAUGUGGAAAGUCACAGCUUUCAUCGGCACCAACAUUGUGACUGCUCAGAUCACCUGGGAGGGGCUGUGGAUGAAUUGUGUUGUGCAGAGCACUGGCCAGAUGCAAUGCAAGGUCUACGACUCCAUGCUGGCCCUGUCUCAGGAUGUGCAAACAGCCCGGGCCCUCAUGGUUAUCUCUGUGCUCCUAGCUGUCCUGGCGCUGAUGGUUGGCAUUGUAGGGGCCAAAUGUACCAACUGUGUGGAGGAUGAGGAUGCCAAGGCACGCAUCAUCAUUGUCUCCGGUGCAGUCUUCAUAGUGGCGGGAAUCCUCUGUCUGAUCCCUGUGUGCUGGUCGGCCAACACCAUAAUCCGUGAGUUCUAUAGCCCGUUGGUGACUGAGGCCCAGAAGAGAGAGCUGGGAGCCGCCCUCUACAUCGGUUGGGCAUCUUCUGCCUUGAUGAUCCUUGGAGGGGCUCUGCUCUGCUGCAAUUGCCCUAAGAAGGAGGGCAACAACUACAGUGCCCGGUACACAGCUGCUGCCUCUCAACCCCGCAGUGAUUACCCCAGCAAGAACUAUGUCUAGGAAGACCACCUCAGGAAACCAAAGCUGCCAUCAUCCUGAAAGCUCAUUGCUGUUUAGGUCCCCUUUGGAGGAGCAGGAAUGCAUCCCUUCUGGGGCUACCCGGAAAGAAUAUCCCUACCGAGAACAGAAUGUCCUGUUUCCCAAGACUUCCCAAUGUGUUUGGCCCAUCAGUAUUUUUUCCUCCAAUGUUACUACUGCAUCAUUGUAUAGACUUGCCCUACAGAAGUCAGACCUCUUCUUUUGGAGAACGUUUUUGAGACACAAUUUGUUCUCCUUGAUGUAGGUAGGGGAGAUGCUGGAGCUCAAAAAAAGGAAGGAAAAAAGGUCCUCUUUCCAAGUAGUUUUUACAAUCAGUGUAGUUUGUGUUUUUGUGUUUCCUGGAUGCUCAGCAGGGAACUAAAACUACUAAUGUGCUGGAGAUCAAGUCCUGUUCAAUAAGGUCUCCAUUUGGGGGCUGAAGUGGGUGGUCGAAACGGGUACUCCAGGCCUGAGUUAUUAAAGCUGUGAUAUGUUGUAUGAUAUUGUUUGUAAACGAAGGUGAUGUGGCCUCUUAUACUUUUGCUUUUGCUAACUCAUUGCAAUUUACUUUGCAUGCAUUUCAUAUUGAAUGCCAGUUUUUCCUUUUUUUUAUUAGUAUGACCUGAAUAAAAAUUACAGGCUUUUGUAUA